UGAGUCUGGCAGUCAAAUGUCAAACACAAAAAUGGCAGCACAUAGUGGAGGAGGAAUAGAUUGGAGCUCCGUUGUAAAACCUCUUUUAUCAAGCCGUUUUGGAGUUUUAAAUAAAUCAGAAAUAAAUAAUUUAACCAAAGCAAUAUUAAGAUGUGAAAGUGAAUUUUUUGAUGAAGACAAUCACUCAAAUCCAUUUUAUACAGCAUUUGCAGCACUUGCGGCAGAUAAAUUGAGUCAAUCAAAAAUAGUGAAUCCAAGAGAUGUACCGCAAAUAUAUGAGGCUACUUCAGUGCUAAUAUCAUUUAUUCUGUCUAGAUUAAAUAAAGUGAAUGUUUAUGAAAUAAAAUGGUUAUUGCCAGUAUUAAAAAAUUUAUGCGAAGGCAAAAAUCAGACUCAGUCAAAACCUGUGUUCACGACUACGGCUAGUGGCACUACAUUGACGAGUAGUUCAUUACUUCAAUUCGAUUUUAACCAUGUUGCAUCAAUCCUUAAAACAUCUAAAUAUCCAGAAAUCUCUAAGUGCAUACUCACUGCAAACGAAAAGGAUUCACCGAAAUCCGAAAUUAGACGGUCGAGAUCAGAUUUAUCAUCGAUAAUUGUACAACAGCUUACAGCACCACUAGAAAGUGGAAGAUUACUAUGGGCUUCGUUGAGUGAAGAACCGGCUGAAUGCACAGAAACAUUUGCAGCUGCAAACAUAGCUCAUUUGCAAUCCGCAAAUGGUGGGGAGACAAUAUUGGAAAUGUGCAGUUUGCUUCCAACUUUAUUACGUUAUCGCUUGAAGCAUUUGGAAACAGUUGCUACAGUAAACAGCAAGCCUCUAUACUUGCCAUUGACACAAGCGGAUGCAGUUCUGUUUAAAAAUCAAUUAAUACACAUUGUCAAUGAUAUUUCAAUUCUCUAUCAAGCACUUUCGUUGCCUAUAAUCGAACCAUUAUCAGCUAGUCGCAUACAAAAAUUGUCAAAAUGUGCUAUAUCUGCGCUUUACUGUGCCGUCUUAACGUCCAUGGCGAAUAGUGUAACAACUAUGGUAUCAGCAAAUUUGACACAAAAGGGGCAGGCACAAACACCUGCUAAUAUAAUAUCAUCAAAUCAAACUGCUAAAGACGUGGAUGAGGCUGAUGAGCAAGCCCGUUUCAUUGUCGAUAAGUCAUUAGAGAUAUACACAAUUAUAGGAAAUAUAUUUAAUAAUCAUGCUAGAUCACAUGUAUACCAAAAUCAUUUGUGUGCUGGUGCAUGGCUUUUAGUAAGCGGCAUACAAGGUGCUCUUGGUGCAUCUGGUAAUACUAGUGCAUUCAACAGUAAACAACCAAGUACAUAUGAUGAAAAUGUUAGAACAAAACUAAAUACUAAGCUUGCAUCAGAUAAUACACCACCUGCGGCAACAGCACGCGUAAAUCUAUUUAAAGUACAACAAGGCUUUGGAGUACUUAAUGCAGCUCUUGCCAAUCAUUGCAUACAAUUGCUAAGCGAGCUGAUUGAAGAUCUUAAAAUUGAAUCGAAUAGUAGUGAAGCAAAUGCUAAUCAAAAUGUGCCAGAUCCAACCAACUUUGAUAUUUUAGAAAAUUAUACUUCUCUUGAGCGAAUAAUACGCGUUCUUAGCAUCGCUCCGAUGCAUCAACUAUUCACAUUUCUGGCGACAGUUUCAUAUCGGAAAGCUUGCGCUCUUAAACGAGCAAAUGCAAAAGACCGAGCUGAAUGUGAACCUAUAAGUUAUUCAGAUUCUACUACAUGCUUUAAUGACACACUGUCUUGUUCUGAUAACUCAGAAGAAGAUGACAGUGAAAGUUAUUUGGGACAUUGGUUUAAAGAAACGUUGUCACCCGAAGCAGUUGAAGAUACUAAUGUACAAGUACCAGAUCGUUCUAAUGAGAAUCAGAAGUCUAACUUAAUGAUAGCGGGUGAUGAACCACACGAAUAUCUGGAUUUAGCAGCGCAGAUAUUUUGUUUUCUUGAUUUGUUUUUAAUAAAUAAAAAUGAUUACAUGCAUCGCUACGUUAAAGUUGGAUUAAGUGAUCAUCAAAUGAAUUUAUUGGCUAACAUACUGAAGGAUCUUGAUCGGGAUAAUGCACGGGGUGAAUGUGAGACUGGCACUUGUGCUAAGUGGCAAACAGCUAUGAUGCGUUUUUCUGGUGCAGUUGGGCGUUAUUUGCAUAAUUUAAUAUCUGCUUCCUUGCUGAGUGAAUCGUUGCAAGUAAGCCUGCUACAAUAUUUAUCAGUAUCACCAUGGACAAAUGACACAAAUGUAUGGCCACUACAAGUAUAUUCAAAUACUCUCUCCGUAUUGGUACAAAUAAUAUUACUUAGGCCUGCACAUGAAAAGGAAGCUGCUUGUCUUUCAGUGUGGCAAAGAUUGAUUAACACUUUAGCCGAAGGUGUAUGUGGUCCACUUAUAGCAACUACAGCUUCAGAUGUUGAUUAUGAAGAUUUAAAUAUUGAACAUGCACAAUUAAUGUUAUUUUUAUUUCAUUCACUAAAUCUUAUGCAGAAAAAAUCAAUUUUAUUACUCAAUGCUGGCGCAGUUAUUCGCUGUGCGGAAAAUUGUCGUUCAAUACCAACAGAUCGACCUUUACGCAAUAGUCAAAUUAUGUUACUAUCUAGAUUGCUUUUACUACUCGAAUAUUUAAUGAAACACUUAUAUAAUGCUCCUGCAGAAUUAUUGGAUCAAGUGCGAUGGAAUUUAUUCAGCGUUAGCUCAUUGCAGGAGAGUCAAAAAGUUUCCGAUUUGUUAAGUUCUAAAGCUAAAUUAAUUUCAUUUAACCGAAAGGAUAUUGAAGAUAAAUUUAGAAAACAAAGUUCAGAGUGCAUGUCAAAUAUACGCCCUACAUUUUAUUCACUGACUUUACUUGAUCCACCAACUAAUGGACUGCAACAAGAAUUUAAAUUAGACGGACUUGCUUGGAAUUUCAUUCUAUGCACACCUGACAAGUUAAAAUAUAAUGUUCUUGUAAAUGCUCUGAUUGAUAUACUUAAUAUCGUCGAUAUGGCACAAUUUAAACUUCAUGCUGAUACACGUUUUGCAAUACAAUAUUGUUUCAGUCUUUGUUGGAAAUUAGUACUUGGCAUGCCACCAUCUCUUCAGCAUGUUGAAAAAUUACCAGAAGAAACCGAACCUAAUUUACAUUCACUUUUAUGGAGUAUUCGCUUUCCAUCUACUCAAGCUCAUUACCUUAUAGUCAAUAGUUUGGUUAAACAAGGUAUAUAUACUCAAACUGCCGAAAAUUUAUGGACCACUACGACAGAUAAAGUUACUGAAAUGCGUUACAAACUAAAACAAACAAUACACGCUGUUGAUUACUUUCUACAUAAUAUAAAUAAAAAAAAUCCAUUGGUGUCCUAUUUAUUGGUCUUGGAUGCUGCAGUUUGCCAUUUGCAUGCUGUAACUUGGGCUGAAAAAGAAGGCGUCAAAUCAAUACGCAGCAAUACAAGCAACGCUACAAGUAGUAGUAAUAGCGGAAGUGCUAGUCCCAGUUUAACGAUCUCAACUUCACCUACUGGAAAUAAUGAACCAGAUAUAUAUUCAUCAUCUGAAUCAAUAGAUCAAAAAGUGGAUUCCCCGCCUCCUGGUAAACCACAGGAACGUAGCCAAUUAACAAAGAAAUUAAUUUUGCAAUUGAUUGAAACAUACUCUAUAAUAUCAGAUACUGUUGGUAAAAAGAUGGUACAACAAAUGGGUGAUGUGAUACCAGUAAAUGUGAUCAAUUUGGUCAUACCAAUCGCUAGUACGAAAAAUUUAUUAAUUAGUGAAAUAAAUAAUACAUUUUUAAAAAUGAUAACAAACGCAGAUAAGGAAAUUGUUAUAACAGAAUGGACCAAAUGUUUAGAAGUUUCGGACGCAGCUUUCUCUGUUCAAAAUUAUCCAGUGGAGGAGUAUACACUAACUGUUAUUGAAGCGCAUAUAAGCGAACUAACACGAACUUCAAAUUACACCACAUUAAAUUCAUUAAAACAUUGCAUAAAAUCCUGUCUGAAUUUAAUUAAUUUAUUAUUACCACAUUGCAGUGUAGAAGGUUGUAAUGAGUUAGCAGAGCGAUUACAACCGAUAUUAGUACGGAAUAUGCUGGAUAUAAGAAUGGAACAUUUUCAUGACAUAAGUGAGAAGUGUAUGCAAACCCUAACAGACAUUACAGAGAACACAACUGAGGAUUUCCAAUUAGUAAUACAUGAGUACAUAUUUAAAUAUUGUUACCAUUUGCAGCUAGAACUAGGAGAAGAUUUACGUCAUACAUCAACUCCUACACGGCGAGUUGUAUUUUGCGAAACAAUGAUGUUCGCUAUACUUAAAACUAUGAAUCAAUUAAUUGAAAAACCAGUCGGUCUUAAGGCUAUUUAUAAAUUUAUUAAAAUUAAUAAUGAAGGCAACAUGGUCGAUUUAUUGCUAUCAUUUACUGGCACUUCUAUGCCCAUGUUAUAUGCUAAUAACUUUUUACAAUUCAUUGAAAAAUUAUUUAAACUAGCUGAAAAGGCCGAUUCGCCAUUUCCUAUUGAUGAGUUGGUACAAUGUGUUGCGAAUUUGGUUAAUACAGAUGUAGUACGGAUAAAAUCAUGGCUAAGUCAUAUAAUUUUUGGUGCAAAUAGUAGUCAAGGUGGUUCUGAGGCCGCGGAUAAACAACUGGCAUGUAUGCAACCAUCAAGUACUCCUUCUAGCAAUGCACAAACACCAACUAAUAUGGCGACCGUGUCAGCAAUGCCAAGUAUUUCAGAUCAAUUAGCGCAGUCAUCUGUUUUGGAUGCAGAUGCUAUGGAAACUGACGAUGAUGGGGCUGUUGCUUGCAUAACCAACACAAGUAUCCCGGCACAAGCAUUAAGUAUUUGUUGGCAAAAUGCAAAUAGUUACGUGACUAAUCAUUCUGAAGUGUCAACACAAGAAGAAACUGGCGAGCGUAAUGGUUCUUUACUCCUCAAUGUAAUUAAAUACUUUGUGAGAGAUGGAAAAUCAACUGCAGCAGUUGCGAAUGUACUGUUUCAAUCAUUGUUACAAUUAGGACAAACUUUAAUUGCACCACCACAAGAAACUUCAGAUUUUGCGGAUAUUUUGCAAAUAAUGGUAACAUUGGCGGAUACUAUGCAAGGUCGUGGUCAUGCUACACUUUUUAGUGCAACCUUAAUGUGGCUUGAUAUCACUAAGUUCCAAAUUAUUCAAAAGUGUUUCAAUAUUAAGACAACUAUAAACUUGUUAUCUACUAUAACCCUAGAUAAUAUAUCAGCUUUGCUCAAAUAUUUGUUAGAAUUAUUACAGAGUUUGGGUUACAAAGGCAGUAGAACUAUAUCACCGCCUUGGGAUGAUGAUUUUCAAUUUCUUUUUGAAGAUGCUAAUGAAGAUAUUUCACCUGAUGAUGAAGAAUCAUGUGUUGAUGAGUUCGAUGAUGAUAACAUAAACAACAAACUUUGUACAUUUUCUCAAACUCAAAAGGAAUUUAUGAAUCAGCAUUGGUAUCACUGUCAUACCUGCAACAUGAUCAACACUGUUGGCGUUUGCUCAGUUUGUGCGAAAGUAUGUCAUAAAGGUCACGAUGUAAGCUAUGCUAAAUAUGGUAAUUUCUUCUGUGACUGUGGUGCAAAAGAGGACGGUUCAUGCCAAGCAUUAAGUCGUCGUGUUUCUUCAACUGGUGCAGAAAAUCGUAACCAUGCUGAUUUUUCACAUAGCUUAUCUAACAACUUAGGACUAUUAUCAAACAAGAAAAGAUUACAAACAACGCCAUCUCAAUUUUCUGUGUCGAACUUAUCCUCGGAACGUAUAACCUUUUUAACCAAAUUACUAGAUUCAUGUCGUGAAACGUUGCACAACAGUGAACAAUGGACUGUUAUUGCACGUUGCAUAUUAGAUUUAUUUGAAAUUUUAUUACCGGUAAUGCGUGAAAAUUGCGCACUCUACUCCAUUGUAGGGUGUCAUUUGCGCGCAAAAACAGCAUUAGAACAUUUACAUAUGCCAGAUCACAGUUUUCAAUUCAGUGAACAUUUAAUGGUUGCCACAUUAGGUUCGCAAGAGGGAGCAUUCGAAAAUGUGCGCAUGAAUUAUUCUGGUGAUCAGGGACAAACGAUAAAGCAAUUACUCUCAUCCGGUUUAGUACGUAGAGUAGCAUUAUGUUGUUUGACGUCCACACAUGGACGACGGCAGCACCUUGCUGUUUCCCAUGAAAAAGGCAAAGUUACAAUACUACAACUAUCAGCACUACUUAAACAAGCCGAUCAAUCAAAGCGUAAACUUACCCUUACUCAACUAUCUUCUGCGCCUAUUCCAUGCACUGUUCUUUCAUUAGCAGCUAACAGUGCUAAUGAAGAUUGCUUAGCAGUUUGCGGUUUAAAAGAAUGCCAUAUAGUCACAUUUUCAAAUACUGGUACAACAAAUGAACAUAUAGUAUUAACUCCGCAAUUAGAAAAUGGUAACUUCAUAAAGAAAGCUCUAUGGUUACCUGGAUCGCAAACAAUGCUAGCAUUAGUCACUGCGGACUAUGUUAAAAUAUAUGAACUAGCUGAAGAUGCAUAUAGUCCGAAAUAUUAUUUCCUGGUAGCAAUUGGCAAAAUACGUGAUUGUACAUUUGUAUAUCACAAUAAUGAUUACUAUAUGCUUCUAAUAGCAUCUUCCGGUUAUAUUUAUUACCAAAAAUUGGACGACCAAAGUUUGGCAAAACAUGGUGAUUUUUACGUUACAAGUACGCUUGAACUUGCUCAUCCUCAAAUAAAAGAUGUUAAUGGACAAAUUGGUGGUGGUGGAGUUUCGAUUUAUUAUUCGCAUACACUGCAACUUCUGUUUUACAGUUAUCAAAUGGGACGCAGUUUCGUUUCACCUUUAACGGAUGUCAACAAAGGUGUUAAAUGUAUAACACUCUUGCAAACUGGCCAAGUCAAUAAAACUUCAUCAAAGGGACCACCGCAGCCAUUAUGUCAAUGGAUGGAAAUAACUGGCCAUCCAGGUUUAAUAUGCGCUAUGAUGCAAACCUCAAAUAAUCCAUGCAUAUUUAUGUUUACGCCAGAUCGCAUAGUUAUGCAAGAAAUUAAGGCGCAAUCAUCAAAAUCUAGAAUAAUGGAUAUGGUGGCUAUACGUCAUCUUGUGUCUGGCGUUGAAAAGACUACUUUAAUUUUACUUUGUGAGGAUGGUAGCUUGCGUAUAUUUACGGCUAAUCCUGAGUGCACUAACUUUUGGUUAUCACCACAAGUACAACCAACCGGCAAUCAGUUGUAUGCAUCAAUUCGCCCGCCUCCAACUCCUAAAAAAACAAAACGCAAAUCAGCCAACUCACAGAAAUCAACUGCAGCAAAUGGUAAUCCAGUAUUUCCCAUUGACUUUUUUGAACACUGCACAAUGCUACCUGAUGUAGAAUUUGGUGGUAACGAUUUACUACAAAUCUAUAACAAACAAAAAUUAAAAACUCGUUUAGGUUCAACUGGAAUGUUUGUUGCGUCUACUAAACCGAAUGGAUUCACAUUAGAAAUAAUGAAUAAUGAUCCAAAUACUGCCAUUGUUGGGAUACGUGUAAUGUUAGGUUCACAGGAUCCACUGCGUGCUCCACAAACUGUCAGUGUAUUCGGUCGUACUAUCAAUACAUUCUUGCGUCGUCCACGAUGGUUUGAUAUACCAUUAACAAGAGAGGAAAUACUUCACUCUGACAAAUUGGUGAAAGUUGUAUUUGGUAAAUCACAGGAUGCAGAAAAUAUAAGUAUGGUUGACAGCGUUGAAGUAUAUGGUAAAGCGAAAGAUCUUAUAGGUUGGCCAGAUGAAAGCGAAGAAACUGCUGUUACAACGGCACCAAUUGGUGCAACUACCACAAAUACUAAUACUCACAACCAAGGUACAGGAAACAGCUAUGCCGAAGGUUACCAUACAUUAACAGCUUUAGACAAAAUGAUAACAAGCCUGUUGGAAGUACUUGAUUGCUCCUUAAAUUUAUUAGGAGGUACUAACGUCGUUAAUACCCUGAAGCAAAAGGCAAUUAAAACUGCUACCACUAUACUCAUGAUGCCAACCGCUUAUCAAGUUCAGGUACAAACUCGCUAUGUAUUGGCGACAUUACUUGGAAAUCGCACAUCGUAUCAUAACUAUAAAGAUAACGAAAUGCUGGCUUACAUAAAUUCAGAACUGCAAAGUAUAAAACAUAGAUUAGCUACAAAGGAAACUAUAAAAGACGUUGACCCAGAAGCAUUUUACCGUUUAGUACUUAUUGCACGUAAUAUAGCAACAAUGCGUCCACAGUCUUUAAUGAAAAUCUGUACUGAACAUAAAUACAAUAUUGUAGAAGAUAUAAUGUACUUCAUUGAAGAGUUACACCGAAUUACGCCACAUCCUGAUGAGCCAACAUCGUUGGUUAGACGAGGGUUAAGUCAUGCAGAAACGACGGUGCAUUGUUUGGUUGAAAUUAUGCAUGCUUUUGCGCUUUCUGAUUCUAAUUUGAUUGAAAAUAUAACUGCGCAAUAUAUCAAACUUUUAAAGAACGAUUCGAGCAUUAUAAGUCACAGUGCCAAAGAAGCAAUAAUUAUGUUAUUGGGGCCACGUGUGAAACGCCGUAGAGUUGCAAUUAUAACGCCACCAGUAUGCUCAACACCUACUCCGAGCAAUACGUCUAAUACAAUUAUUUCCUCAAACAUAAGAUCUUUACAAGCAGCUGCAGUGCAGGAAGAAAUGGGAAUUGUGCCCAUUAUUCCUUCAGUGGAAGAGUUGAUUGAACGUGAACAUGAAGCUGUGGUUAAUUCAGUAGCUGCUGUCGGUCGUAGUAACAGUGCUGAAUUUGUAGAUGCUAAUGCAUUAGAAUCUGUACAACAUGAUCAACAUCAACUAUUAAAUCUUGAUCCUUUUAUGGGUGGUUUUCCACAAUUGCUUGGUCUACAGCAAGAUGCAGAUGAUGAGGCUAUAAUAGAUAUUGCAAUUGCUUUAAGCUUGCAGCAACAUGAGGGCGAUGGCUUGCAGUCACUUCAACAAGGGCUAGCCAAUUUACAAGGCAUCCGUAAUUCAGGUAAUUUACCAGGUUUAGAUGGGACCAAUGCUGGAGCAAAUGCAGUAAGUGUCUCCGCUGGUGGAUCUGAUGAUGAAGGCUCCAAUGUUGCCACAGAUGGUUCGACAUUACGAACCUCACCGGCAGAGCCAGCAGGCAGUGGUGGAUCAGAAAGUGGAGGAAGCGGAGUUGAAAGUAUAGGCUGCACUUCUGGCCGUAGCAGCACGUAUGGUGAUCAGGUUAAUUCGUCUCCACCUAGAUCAGGUAACACGCAAGUUGAUAUACAAAUGUCUACCAAAGCUGGAAACAAUGGUGAAGCAAUUGGAAUGACUACGGAUGAUUCGAGUGUUGGUGGUGUGUCGGGGGUAGUGGGAAGUACCGAAAAUGAUGAUGAUUCUGAAGACGAGUGCUUGAUUAAAUUACAUGAUUUACGUCUUGACAUACUUGAAAAUAUAAUUGCCAAUAUUCGUACUUUAGAUGUGUGUAAUGGUAUGAAGUGUAUACCAUUGAUACAAGUCAUACUAAUGCUUACAAAUGACUUAAAUGGAAAUAGCGAGAGAGAUCAGAGAAUUUUAAAUGAGCUGAUAACGAUUUUGGUGGAAUAUAUUGAAAUGGAGAAAGGAUCCCAAUCAAUUAAACAGCAAAGUGAUAAAAACGAAGUGCGUUUGAUUAUAUUGUGUUUGUUUGGUGUGCUUAUGGGUAAAUCGAAAUCCAAACAAGCAGGCACAACUUCGCCGCCACAUCAAUUCAAAGACAAUGCCACUUUUGUUGCAGGUACCACAGCAAAUAUCUUAAGUAAUAGUGGCGCUUUUGCCUUUUCUCUUACUGUUAUGGAAACACUUCUAGAACAUUGGAAGCGUGCCACAGAACAAAAUAGCAACAGUUCGCAUAGCUCAACUGCAGGUGGUGCACCUGUUGCUGGCGCAAGUGGAAGUAGUACCACACCUCCACAAAAUUGUCUACUAAAGUCAUCAAAGAUUGGCCCGAAACCUGAUAUAUCGUCAAUUAUACCACAUAAUUAUUUAAAGAACUAUCCUGAUAUAUUCGAGCAAUAUGAUGCCAUGCUAACGGAGAUUUCUGUACGCUUACCUUAUCAAAUACUAAGGCUUUCUUCCACUCAUCCAGGAACUUACGACUGGUACCACAGCUACUGCGAAAAUAUGACAUAUACACUCUGUGAAUAUAUGAUGCUUAAUCUAAACGCUUUACUUAGACGGCAAGUACGAAAGCUAUUAAUGUAUAUUUGCGGGAAUAAAGAAAAGUUCCGUAUGUUCCGAGAUGGCCAUUCACUAGAUGUUCAUUUUAAUCAUGUAAAAAAGCUUUGUCGCUUGUCAAAUACCAAGAAUGCCGUAUUAUCCAACCAGUCUGUACCAAUAUUACCAUAUGAUUCACUUGUUGAACUUACCGAACAUUUACGUACUUGUCAAGAAAUAAGUCAAAUAAGAACAGGAAACUGGCAAAAAUUCUGCAUUAUUCACGACGACGUAAUACCAGUAUUAAUAGAAAUUGCAUGCUUUCAACUCGAUGAUGGUGUGUUGCCUAUUGUGUUGCAAUUACUGCAAGCCGCACUCUGCAAUAGUAUUCAAGCUGUUAAACAACAACAGCAACAGCUGCAGCAACAACAGCAGCAACAACAACCUAGUACUUCAAAACAACGGUCCGAUCGUGACAAAUCUGAAGAAACAGAAGUUUCGUUUGAUUCUAAAUUUGAUCAAGCCCAUUGUAGUACAUUUGUCCAUCAAAUAUUCCGUUAUGUUUCAGAUAAUUUACUCAACAAAUUUGUUCGUAUAUUUUUACUAGAGACAAACAUAACAUCUCUACGUUGGCAAGCGCAUUCAUUGAUUUAUGCAAUAUAUGAAAACUCAAAUGAACGUCAAAAAGAGAAACUUAUAAGCGUCUUAUGGAACAUGUGGCCAUUGGUACCAGCAUUUGGACGACGCACAGCACAAUUCGUUGACAUUUUGGGUUAUUUGACAUUGAGUACAAAAACAAUUGUGGACAAAUUACCAGAAUACACGGAAAAAGCUGUAGAGGUUUUGCGUCAACAAAAUGAGUUACUAUACAAACAUCCAAAUGCUCCCAUAUAUAGUUCAUUGGAACAAAUAUUGCAAGUGAAUGGUUUUUAUUUAGAGUCGGAACCAUGUCUUGUGUGUAACAAUCCGGAAGUACCUAUGGCUAAUAUUAAACUACCUUCGAUUAAAUCUGAUUCUAAAUUUACAACAACGACGAUGAUUGUAAAAUUAGUGCAAAGUCAUAACAUUUCAAAACUUAUUGUACGGGUUGCAGACCUUAAACGCACUAAAAUGGUCAAAACUAUUAACAUUUACUAUAACAAUCGUACAGUGCAGGCAGUAGUUGAAUUAAAAAAUCGACCGGCAAUGUGGCAUAAGGCACGAUCGAUUACACUACAAUCGGCACAAACAGAAGUAAAAAUUGAUUUUCCUUUACCAAUAACCGCGUGCAAUUUAAUGAUUGAGUAUGCUGACUUUUAUGAAACUGUUACCGGGUCAAGUGAAAACUUGCAAUGUCCACGUUGCAGCGCAGCCGUACCAGCAUAUCCAGGAGUAUGCGGAAAUUGUGGUGAAAACGUUUUUCAAUGUCACAAAUGCCGUGCAAUUAAUUAUGAUGAGAAAGAUCCAUUCUUAUGUCAUUCGUGUGGAUUCUGCAAAUAUGCAAAAUUCGAUUUUAGUAUCUAUGGAAGAGUUUGUUGUGCUGUAGAUCCAAUCGAAUCAGCAGAGGAUCGAGUUAAAACAGUACAGAUCAUACAUUCCUCAUUGGAACGAGCUGAUCGAAUUUACAGACAAUUACAAACUUGUAAGCAAAUGUUAGAGUUGCUUAUACAAAAAAUGAACGAACAUCGUAGCGCCGAUCGUGCACUAGAUGACACUUUUGGUGCCGUACAUAGUACUUCACAAGUUAACAAGCUAAUACAAAUGCUCGCACAAAAAUAUUGCGUUGAAACUCGUGGUUCCUUCGAGGAGCUUAGUAAAAUUGUCCAAAAAGUUAAAGCUUGUCGUAGUGAACUUGUUGCAUAUGAUCGUAGUCAGCAAGAUCAACCAAAUGGGUCUUCAGGAUAUGAUGAACGAGAUACAUAUAAUAUUAAUCGCUGCUAUGGUUGCGCACUUGCAUCUACGGAACAUUGUCUAACUUUAUUACGUGCUAUGGCUUCUAAUACUGACUGUUGUGCUGGUUUGCAUGCACAGGGACUUGUUGAAGAAUUGGCUCAACACAACUUGCGUCGAGGCACUCCACAAAAUCAAGAUGAAGUUAGAAAUUUGCUUGUGCUAUUAACCAAAAAUAAUAGAGAAGCUUGCAUGAGUCUAAUUGAGUUAAUACAAGAUCGUGUGAAGACUGCUUUACUAGGUGCUAUACCAGUAGUAAAUAUGGAUUCGGCAAUUCAUCAUGAAAUGAUACUUCUUGAAGUAUUAAUUGGACAAGACGAGUUUUGCUGGGAAGAAAAAUUAAGAGUAGUCUUUGAACUGUUUUUAAUUACAAGCCAACUACCACGUGGACCAUCUUUAGCUGUAUUACAGCCUUGUCUAAGAAUCAUGCAGGGCCUUAUAAGUCCAACAAUACCAACUAGUAAAAUUAAUAGAGAUUUAAGUCCUUCGGAACUUUCUUCGAUUUUGUGCUUAGACGCCAUCACUGUUGAUUUUGGCAAUUGGUUAGCUGGUGAUCCCGACAAUUCGUAUGCAGCGUGGAAAUCGCGAAUGCCAGCUAAUAUUGUGGCUAACAGAGCCCGAAGACCUGGAUUUGGGUUUAAUGAUGAUCGGCUCUUAGUUUCGAUUCUACAGUCUAUUGUCAGUGAGAACGCAGGGAACACCGCUAUGGAUAUGCGAGAAAUUGAAAUGUUAAAGCAUAAAAAAUCUCUAAUGCAUGAAGUGUAUCUAAUAGAGAAAUAUGGUCAACGUUGGCGUCGCUCAUUUCUUAGGAAAGAUUAUAAAUAUGCUCCAUUGCAACUUCAUGCCAGUUGGAUACAACCAAUUCUCUUUAAUUCAAACUCAAGAAUUAGUCGACAAUUGGCAUCAUCGGUAAUAACGUCAUUGAGUCGUACACAUGAUCGUAAACGAGAAAUACUCAAUCUACUAACAAGUUUCUUAAAACAUGUUUGUGAAGCUGGGGAAGCGAGUACUGAAUUCCUUGCACUUUACCGUUCACUCGCUGCAGAUAAACCAUGGCGCCAAUAUUUGGCAUUGAAAGGAGUUUUACUAGAGAUUUCACGUUUACUGUCAGGUGAAAUUAUUAAAAUCCACCGCUUGGAAGAAACAACAUUAUCAUCGGACUUGUCGCAAGGUUUUGCGUUAAGGCAACUUGUUGAAUUAAUGUCACUUUUUCUAGAAAAGCCAACCAUACGUCAAGCGUACAAAAGUCGUCUGUUAGGUACGGUACUUGAAGGUUAUCUUUCAUUACGUAAACUCAUUGUACAGCGCACACGUUUGAUUGAUGAUGCACAAGAGAAGUUGUUGGAAAUGCUGGAAGAAAUGACCAGCGGUACAGAGGAAGAAACCCGCGCAUUUAUGGAAAUACUAAUUGACACUGUCGAAAAGACUCGUAUGAAUGAUAUCAAAACACCCGUUUUCGUAUUUGAACGGUUAUAUUCGAUUAUACAUCCCGAAGAAAACGAUGAAGGCGAAUUCUUUAUGACACUUGAAAAAGAUCCACAACAAGAAGACUUCCUACAAGGGCGUAUGCUGGGAAAUCCUUAUCCGUGUUCAGAAGUUGGGUUGGGACCAUUAAUGAGAGAUGUCAAAAAUAAAAUAUGUACUGAUUGUGAAUUGAUCGCUUUACUUGAAGAUGAUAACGGCAUGGAACUCUUAGUCAAUAAUAAAAUAAUUAGUCUCGAUUUGCCUGUUAAAGAGGUAUACAAGAAAAUAUGGAUUGCUGAAGGAGGAGAUCGCGAUGCUAUGCGCAUUGUGUAUCGAAUGCGGGGUUUACUUGGUGAUGCAACUGAAGAAUUUGUUGAAACACUGAAUAAUAAGAGUCAAGAAGAAGUAGAUACCGAACAACUUUAUCGUAUGGCUAAUGUACUAGCUGAUUGUAAUGGUCUUAAGGUUAUGUUAGAUCGAAUAGGUAGUUUACAAAGUAUAUCACGCACGAGAGAACUUAUACAAGUAUUGUUAAAACUGUUCCUUAUAUGCGUAAAGGUACGCCGUUGUCAGGAUAUGUUAUGCCAACCUGAACUUGGAGCUAUUAAUACAUUACUUAAAGUACUUCAGAUGUGCUUACAAUCAGAAAAUGAUUCCUUACAAUCGUCAGUUACUGAACAAUUAUUAGACAUAAUGGAAACAAUAUUGUCGAAAGCAUCUAGUGAUACUUUAGAUUCGUUUUUGCAAUUUUCACUUACAUUUGGUGGUCCUGAAUAUGUAACUGCUCUUAUUAACUGUACUGAUUGUACGAACGUACGCAACAAUCCUUCCGUUUUACGCCAUUUGAUUCGUGUCUUGGCAGCACUUGUCUACGGUAAUGAGGUGAAAAUGGCGCUUUUAUGUGAACAUUUUAAAGACAUCUUAGAUUUUGAGCGGCUAGAUGUCGACCGUACGCCAGCAAUGGAUUUUAAAUUGGAACUGUUUUGUGUAUUGGCCAAUCAAAUUGAACAUAAUUGCAUUGGUGGCACACUCAAGGAUUAUAUUGUCAGUUUGGGUAUUGUGGAAAAUGCAAUCAGUUAUAUUACAUACCAUGCUCCUUGCGUUAAACCUACUUUGUUGCGCAUUGAUUCUGACGAAUUGAAAGAAUUUAUUUCACGUCCAAGUUUAAAAUAUAUAUUGCGCUUUCUUACUGGUCUAGCAACAAGACAUGAAGCUACACAACUUGCCAUUAGUAAGGACAUAAUACCAAUAAUCCAUCGCUUAGAGCAAGUUUCUAGUGAUGAACACGUUGGGAGCUUAGCUGAAAAUCUGUUAGAAGCCCUAUGCACAGAUGCUGCCACGGCAGCCAGAGUUCAAGAAGUACGCGAUUUUACUAGAGCUGAAAAAAAACGAUUGGCUAUGGCAACACGUGAACGGCAGUUAGAUGCGCUUGGUAUGCGUACUAAUGAAAAGGGUCAAGUAACAGCAAAAGGUUCGAUUCUACAAAAGAUUGAAAAACUACGUGACGAAACUGGUCUCACAUGUUUUAUAUGCCGCGAAGGCUAUGCGUGUCAACCCACUAAAGUACUUGGAAUUUAUACAUUUACCAAACGUUGCAAUGUUGAGGAAUUUGAUAUGAAACCAAGAAAAAGCAUUGGCUAUACCACCGUUACACAUUUUAAUGUAGUGCAUGUUGAUUGUCACACUUCAGCCAUACGUUUAUCACGUGGCCGUGACGAAUGGGAACGCGCUAGUUUACAAAAUGCUAAUACUCGCUGUAAUAGUUUGCUUCCAUUAUGGGGUCCAGAAGUUACAGAAUCCACAUUUUCAGCGUGCAUGACACGACAUACUAGUUACAUGCAAGAAGCCACCCAACGUUGUGACAUUAGUUAUACCAAUAGUGUACAUGACUUGAAGUUACUGCUUAUGAGAUUUGCGUGGGAACGUAGUUUCCAUGACGAUGCUGGUGGUGGUGGACCACAGUCAAAUAUGCACUUUGUUCCUUAUUUGUUAUUUUACUCAGUUUACCUUCUAUUAUCAUCACGUUCCGCUGCACGCGAUAGUAAGGCACUAACUACUUACGUAAAUAAUCCGCCUUGUGAUAAGUGGCUGGAGUGUGCUUAUGAGGCAGAAGGUCCAGUCUAUAUGACAACUAUUUCGUUAACAUUACAUAGUCGAGAUAUGUGGAAUAAAAACAAAAUUAUGCACUUAAAACGUUUAAUUGUAGUUGCUCAGACCCGCUUUGUAUCACCAUCGCUCGUAUGCAAAGCAUUGUUGACAACAAGCGAUCGCGAAUUUAAGCACUAUACCUUAUAUCGACCUUAUCUGAUGCUUUGGGCACUUGUAGAUUUAAUAUACAAUAAUCUCUUUAAAACUGUAACAACGCCAAAAGAAGAGGAUUGGUGCAUUUCUUUAUUCGAUUUUAUACGCAAAAACGAUGAAGCUAUGCUCAACACAACAGACAGCAUUCUACAGACAUUCACUGAAGAGAUUUUGCCAUGCACUACCUUCUAUGAAUUUUGUGAUGUAGUUGGUCUCCUGCAUAUUAUAGAGAAUCCUGAUAUAUUUAUUGAUGAUGUUUUACAAUCGCUUCCCUCUACAUCUGCUUAAGUGUCUAUUUUUAAUUUAGUACCGUUUGAAACAACGUUUUAAAUAAUUUAUUUAGCUCUGAAUAUAAACAAAACUUAAA